UUGAUACUUUUUUGAAAUAUCGCUGUGAUAUGACACAUUUCGGUUCCUCUGGUGACCUUGUCGGUAGUGAUUUAAACACAAGGCAGUCAGCAGUUUCAUUCAAAAGAUUACAAAAGGAAUUGAUGGCAUUGCAAAGUGAUCCACCACCUGGGAUGACACUAAAUGAGAGAAGUGUACAGAACACAAUCACGGAGUGGUUUAUAGAUAUGGAGGGUGCACCAGGUACUCUUUAUGAGGGAGAGAAAUUUCAACUCCUUUUCAAAUUCAGUGGUCGAUAUCCUUUUGAUUCACCUCAGGUAAUGUUCACUGGAGAGAAUAUACCCAUUCAUCCACACGUCUAUAGCAAUGGUCACAUCUGUUUAUCUAUUUUAACGGAGGACUGGUCACCCGCUCUGUCUGUGCAGUCUGUUUGUUUAAGCAUUAUUAGCAUGUUGUCAAGCUGCAAAGAAAAGAGACGUCCUCCAGAUAACUCCUUUUAUGUAAAGACAUGUAAUAAGAAUCCAAAGAAAACAAAGUGGUGGUAUCAUGAUGAUACCUGCUAGUAUCUAAGCGCACCAUUUUGAUAUAGACUUUUAAGGUGUAUGAAGUACAUUAUUAUAUUGAGUCUUUGGAUUAAGACUGAACCAGCAGACCUGGCAAUUUGUGUAUGGAUUGAGCACACACUUCUGCUGACUGGGAAAAGUGCAAAGAAACUGCAGGAAUGUAACCCACCCAGCAAGGAUAUUUUGAUGGAAGCAAGUUGUGGGGAUUAUCUUUUUUUUUUUUCUUUUUUUUUGUAAUGUUUGAUUUAUGUUGUAUUGUUUUCUUUUCAUAAGCCUUUAAGGGUUUACACUGUUUGUGCAAUAAUAACUUAAGUGUGGGUUUGGAAUAAAAAGAAAGUCAGUGCAAAUCAGAAAACGAACUACUGUAAUAAAUCAUCAAAAGCAGAGACAAAUAUCUAUCUCUGCCUUGCUUGGUCAUGCACUGUGAAAUGUGAACAGGGCAAAGAUUUUAAUUUAAAUUUUAUCUGUAUAUUUUAAAACAAAUUUUUCUUU